AUGGACCCCAACCAACGCGCCUCUACGAUCGAUACGCUCGGCGGUGACUACGCCGAUGACCACAUCAUGGAGACUGGACCAGGAGGGCGGAUAGAGGUGGCUCAGGAAGAGGUAGAUGCGAUCAUCCGUAACACGAGAAAAGUGCGGGACCCAAAGGCUUGCUAUGCGUGCCACCGCCGAAAGGUCAAAUGUGAUAGAAACCUGCCCUGUGACUCUUGUGUCAAGCGAGACCACCCGGAGCUCUGUUCCUACGAGCGCCCGACCAAGAAGCGGCGCAUUGCUCUCAGUGGUGCCUUGGCCCAACACGAUGGUGCUGGGUCGGAGAGCCCCAUUCAACAACAGACCGGUCCCAACGUUACGGUGCCACGGGAGCAGUGGGAGCGGCUGAACAGGGAAUUGCAGCAGCUACGCGGUAUGGUCCCAUCCGAGGAGCGAUUGUCUCCAGUCUUGGUGCAGUCGGAGUUGGACGACGCAAACCCCACGGGCACGAAUAGCCGGGGAGACGAGACAGAGAGAGAAGGAAUUCAUGCUCCUAGCAAUCAGAUGGGUACGAUGCAUUUGGGGUCGAGAUCUGUUCUAGCCUACAUGAUGGGACUCGGCAGAAGCAGGUCAGCUCAAGACACCGCAAAGUCCUUGCUGGAGGAAAACAUUCUACCAAAGCUUGGCCUUGAUAAUGAGAGCGCCACCUACCCUUUUGUCGAUUUAUGGAGUACCGACUCAAGCAUGCAGGACGUAAAUGGUUUGUGUAAAGCUAUUCCCGACGACGAGCUGUGCAACGAAUUUUUUGUUGCUUACAGAGACAUCGCGUGUACCAUAUACCCUGUCGUUCCAGACACCUCGAGCUUUGAGGACACGCUCCAUUUCAUGCUUUCCAAUCGGGCUCGUGCCCUGCGCGACAAUCUCGAACUCGAUCCCAACAAGCCGUAUGGUGUAUCAUUACCUUGGCUGGCACUGGUGUUUGCUGUUUUUGCGUCCGGGUCUCAGUCGUCGGACCGCCCAGCAAAAGAGAGGGAGCUUACAUCUCAAGUCUACAUCUGUUGUUCCUAUCAAGCGCUUCGCAUGUCUAACUUCCUGACUCAUCCGUGUUUGGAGACGAUAGAAGCGUCCCUCAUCAUCGGAAAUGUUCUGUCGUACAAUAUGAAUCCCGGGGUGGCAUAUAUCUUCCUGGGCAUGACACUACGCAUGGCCUUUUCGAUUGGAUUGCAGAUCAACUCUCAACAGUUCACGGACGCCGAAAAAUGGACUCGGCGACGAAUCUGGUGGGCGCUUGCAUGGCAAGAUUCGCAUUUUGCCGUUAGUUACGACCGGCCGACAUCAAGCGUCCUGUGUAUCCCAGAUAUCCCCUACGGCAAGUUCAGUUCUCCAGGAGAUCGAAGCUACGCGGAAAGCAUGUUUGCCAUUAUUCGACUGACGCAGGAAAUCAUUCGCGAACGUCUCCUCCACCCGCGAUCUUACAUGACUUGGGAUAGAAUACAGAAAUAUACCGAAGAGAUCACGAGCAUUGUGUCUCAAGGCGCCGCCCAUCUCCGGAAUCGAGACCUUUGCUACCGAAUGACACAGCAUCUUGAACGGCUUGCAUUGAAACUCCACAGCUGCUAUAUCACGAGCGAGCUGUGUCGGCCUGCUCUGAACGCAGGGCCUCUAUCUUCCGCGGGUGACAAUUUGACCCCCGUCCAAUCACCCCCUGGCGGUCGACGGAGGACCUCGGGCACCAUAGGUCAGUCACCGAGCACGACUCCUCUUGAUGCAGCGUCCGUUGCCCAAUUUCGGACAUUGUGCGUGCAGAGCUUGGAAGGUACCGUCGAAGCAUAUGUUGAAUUGCACGGCUUGAGCAAAUUCGCAGCCCGGUCUUGGAUUGGAAUUCAGCGCUCCAUCUCGGCUGCAUUCUUACUGGGAACCCUUCCUGAGACAAGCCGUGACACACGACGGUUGUCUCUCCUUCGAGAAUUGGAAGCGGUCAUCUCACAACGUACGCAGGAAGAUCCGACAUUCGACCUCCCUCAGGAAGCGAGUCCCGCUGCUAAUCGCCGCUUCUCUCAGGGGGCAGAGCCACCACCACCACUUGCAGAAUCGCCUCAUUGGGCGCGGAGCAUGGCCAAAUCGCUCAACGCGUUGGGAAAACUGAACGCCGCGCUUGCAGGGCCGAGAUCGUCGAACACGAAUAAGUUCCAAAGCACGUCAUAUGGACAACAGCCAUCGAAUCAUUACCUGGGGACUUCAUCUGGUUUAACAUCAAGUUCGGCACCCAGUUCGUCAUCGCCGACAAUAGGGUCGCGAUCAUCUCAGUACCCGCCGCUCCAUCACAUUAAGGAGGAGGACGCGUACCCACCACUCAACACUAGCAAUACAAUCUUGGGACUGGGGGGUUCCACAACACUGACGGGCAUGGGGACGUCGAUGGGACCCAUAACGCCUGAUAGCACUGGCAGCUCGGGGGAUUGGAAUUUCGGGAAUAUGCACGAGAGAGCCGCAGAGUACGUGCAGGCGCCGCUUUGGGGAGAGGGAGGGAUAGGCAGCUUUCUGGGAUAA